CGCCCCUUUCCGUGGCUUCUCGGCGGCGGAAAGUUGGACCCGGGUAAAAGUUUGCGAGGCGGUUCUGGGACUCUGUGGCUAAGCGUAGCGAGUCUCCGUUUUCUCUCCGCAGCCGACGCCGACCCUGCGGUCCCCGGAGGAGCGAGGAGGAUGCGGCCCCUGGACAUCGUCGAGCUGGCGGAGCCGGAGGAGGUGGAGGUGCUGGAGCCCGAGGAGGACUUCGAGCAGUUCCUGCUGCCCGUCAUCCACGAGAUGCGCGAGGACAUCGCGGCGCUGACGCGCGAGCACGGGCGCGCCUACCUGCGCAGCCGGAGCAAGCUGUGGGAGAUGGACCACAUGCUCGUGCAGAUCCAGACGCAGGUGGAGGCCUCGGAGCAGAGCGCGCUCAACCACCUGCAGGGCCCGGGCGCCGGCGCCGAGGGCCGCGGGGCGCGGCGCGGAGACCAGGCCGAGGAGAUGGCCCAGGUUGCCCUGAUGAGGCCUCGCCAGGCCUCCAGGUGGCCCGGGGACGCCGCAGUGUCACCACAGUGCGCACUGAAGCCACAGCCCUCCGCUGCCACCCCAGUUUUUGAUCUCGGUGAUCUUGGCAAGGCCUUCUGA